AAAUUGGAGCUAAGAUCAGAAAGUUUCAGCGAUUUUGGAGAUGGAGAUGGAGAUGGAAUUCGAGAUGGAGUUCGAGAGUCCGUUGGUGCGUUUAUGCAUAGAGGAAGCUUGUAAGAGCGGAGACGCGGUGGAACGAUGGCGUUUACAGAGGCGGAGUCUUGAGAGGUUGCCUCCUCACCUUGCUGAUGCUCUCCUCCGUCGUCUAAUCCAGCGGCGACUUCUUUUCCCUUCGUUACUCGAAGGAUUUAAACAUUCUGUAGAGAAGAUAGAUCUCCGAGGCGAAAGCUCCAUUAACGCUGAAUGGAUGGCUUACAUUGGAGGCUUUGUUAAUUUGUUGUCUCUAAAUCUUUCAGAUUGCCUGAGAAUCAACAAUUCUACCCUCUGGCCUAUCACAGGAUUAAGUAGCUUGACCGAGUUGGAUCUUUCAAGAUGUAUGAAAGUUACAGAUGCUGGUGUAAAGCAUCUUCAAUCUGUUGUAAACCUGGAAAAGUUGUGGAUUCCACAGACGGGUGUUACGGAAGCUGGGAUUUCUCUUCUUGCUUCACUUAAAAACUUGUCUCUUCUAGAUUUGGGCGGCUUACCUGUAACUGAUCACAACUUGAUUUCUCUCCGGGCUCUGACAAAGCUAGAGUACCUUGACAUCUGGGGAAGCAACGUAACCAACCUAGGAGUUGUGAGUAUACUUAAGUUUUCAAACUUGAGCUUCCUCAAUCUCUCGUGGACCAGCGUCACACAGACUCCGAACAUACCGCACCUGGAAUGCUUACACAUGAACAAGUGCGACAUUCUCUCCAUAUCAAAAAUGCAUAACUUCGCACUAGCUUCCUUGAAAAAGUUGGUUUUGUCCGGAGCUACUUUCAGUGCUGAAACCGAGGCCUUUUCCUUCACCAACCAAAGCUCGAUAACCUACUUAGAUGUUUCCAACACUCCCCUCCAAAACUUCAGCUUCUUAGCAACUAUGAUUAACCUGGAACAUCUUGAUCUGAGCUCCACAGCUUUCGGGGAUGAUGCUGUUGACUUUGUAGCAUGUGUUGGCGAGAGUCUGAGGAAUCUUAAUGUCUCAGAUACAAGAAUCACUUCUGAUGGGGUCGGGAAUCUUGCGGGACAUGUGCCGCAACUCAACACAUUGUCUCUGUCCCAGACAUCUGUCGACGAUCUUUCCAUCUUAUUUAUCAGCACCAUGAUGCCUUGUAUUAAAGCCCUUGACUUGAGCAUGACCGGGAUCCAUGGAUUUAUCCAGCAACAAACUCAACAAGCAGAGCCGUCGUUUGCAGCACUACCGAUCUCUAUUUUUUUUCCAGUAUUUAUCCAGCAACAAACUCAACAAGCAGAGCCGUCGUUUGCAGCACUACAGUCUCUAACUUCCCUUGAAAUCCUGAGUCUAGAACAUCCAUACCUGAGCGAUACUGCUCUCUCUCCUUUAAGUGGUCUUACCGGAUUAACACAUUUGUCCCUAAAAAGCAGUUCCCUCACAGAUUCCACUCUCCACCAUCUCUCCUCUCUCCCAAACCUAGUCAGUCUCGGAGUCCAAGAUGCAGUUUUAACCGACAAUGGUCUCGAGAAGUUCAGCCCACCUUUAAGGCUGAGAAUACUUGACCUCAAAGGUUGUUGGCUUUUAAGCAAAGAAGCUAUCGCUGGUCUUUGCAGAAGGUACCCUCACAUUAAAGUGAGGCAUGAAUUUGCACAUGACUCUUCUUCUCUCGACCAAAAUCAACCUCUUCCUCGCUCAUGGCCUCGGCAGAGUUUCGUAACGUUGGCGAGUAGAAGGAACAACCAAAGGCCAGAGAGUUCUGUUGCUGUUCCUAGGAGUUUCUUAGACCAGAGGGUGAAGUACAGAAGGGAAGUGUUGGUUGCUCUACAGAAUUCGCCUUUGUCACAAUUGCUUCCACGGGAAGAACUUGUCAGUAGUGCACCGGAUAUUUUUAGCUGAUGUCGUGACAAGAACGGUAAUUCAAAUGAUUUGUAAAAGAGUAGAAACUUGGGGAGAUCUUAGCAUCUGUCUUGUCAGUCUUGAUCUCGAUUUCCCUUCCUCGAGUUUGUUUAAGACGUUUAAGACAUACAGUAGUAGUACAUGUAUCGUGUACUAAAUUGUACUAGUACUACAUUUCGGAUACUAGUUGAAAAUUAUGUACUCUUCUCUGUUUGAUCGGA